GGUAGGCCUAUAGUAACCUAUCGGGGGUGGACUUCGGGACAAGCAGACGGUAGAAAACUUUUGUUCAUUUUCCGUUGCAAAUCGGGUUAUUUGCAUUUAAUGUGGUUCAUCAAACAACAAACAAUAGUGUCUCCCGCUGUUGUCGCUGGCUAACGAAAAGACAAUUGAUGAGCGACCGUAUUUAACUUUUCGCUCUCCGUUGAAACUGCGCCGCGCUUCGAUAUGAAGACUUUGGCGGAGCUGAUUGCCCAUUGUCUUCUCUGGGUUCAAAUCCCAGCUGCCUUUUUCAUCCCAGCCGUCCUGGCCCAGUCAGACGGCAGCAGUAGUGUGGUGGUGGCGGGCUACAACGUGAGCGCCCCUGCUGGUUCCAGGGUGGUACUGCAGUGUGUGAGUGGGAGGAUGGUGUGGACCAGGGACAGGCUGAGGGACAGGCAGAGGGUGGUCCACUGGGACCUGUACCGAGCUGGGCCAGACUACGCCAUGGAGAGGGUGGCGGACAUGUUCUCAGCUGGAGACCAGCGCAUCUACAACUCCUACAACCAGGGCAGGGUCAGCCUCAGCCAAUCAGCUUUCAGCAACGGCAACUUCUCCUUGGUCAUCAGAGAUGUGGCGAUGACUGACAGAGGCCUGUACUCCUGUAAUCUGCAUCAUCACUAUUGUCACCUGUAUGACACAGUCAGGAUACAACUCAACGUUACCAAGUCUCGUCGUAAGGAGCAGAGGUUCUGGGAUGGUCACAAGGCGGUCUAUGUAGUCCUGCUAGGCAGCACAGUGAUGCUGCCAUGUGUCAACAGGAAGAGCGUCUGGACGGAGGGGGCCAGUGAGGAGGAGCAGCAGGUGGUCCACUGGGACCGGCAGCCCCCGGGGGUCCGUCACGACCGCGCUGACCGCCUGGUGGACCUGUACGCCUCGGGGGAGCAGCGCAGCUACGGGCCCCUCUUCCUCCAGAGGAAGAUGAACAUCAGCUCUGAGGCCUUCUCACAGGGAGACUUCUCUCUGGCUAUAUCUGAUCUACAGCCGUCAGACCAGGGGGUGUAUUCCUGCCACCUCCACCACCACUACUGUGGUCUUCACGAGAGACGAGAGUUUCAGCUGACUGUCGGACCAGCCCAGCCUCAGCCCCAGCCCCAGCCUCAGCCCCAGCCCACCCAACCACCCAGAGCACUGCCCAACGAAGAUAAAGACACCAACAGAGCAGAGGCCCCACGAGUCAUCAAUGUCAUCCUGCCUGACCAGCGACAUCACUUCCUGCUGCCGCUGGGCUACGUCCUGACUACACUCCUUCUCCUGGCCUUUGUCAUCCUCAUCAUCAUCCUCAUCACCCGCCGGCGCACAAGUAGAGACAUGGAGUUCUAUCCACAGACAUCAGAAAGGUCCAACAGAAGUCCCAAAACCUCCAACGAGUUUGAGAUGGAGGUCUCUGAGGUGAAGACAUCCAACCUGGAGGACAGCAUCCUGGAGUACAAGAACAAUCUUCUGAAAGAGAAGGCCCAGAUAUCCACUCUCACUUUGCCUAAAGUCAUUGACCUGGACAAAGAGAAGGACAAGGUGAUGUGGAAGUGAGAGAGGGUGAGCCACUGGCUGGUCCAGAGGCAACAGUACCUACCACCUGACCUGCAGGAGACAAGCCAGACAGGGGAUGCAAAGGAGGAGGAUUGAGGGAAGAAUUGAUGGAUGUGUUCAGACUUGUAGAGGGAAGAGGAGGCUUGACUGUGAGAGAGAGAGAGAGAGAGAGAGAGAGAGAGAGAUAGAGAGAGAGAGAGAGAGGGAGAGAGAGAUAGAGAGUGGGAGAGAGAGAGAGUUAGAGAGAGAGAGAGAGAGAGAGAGAGAGAGAGAGAGAGAGAGAGAGAGAGAGAGAGUGUUGACAGUUUAAAACAUAAAGUCGUCAGCCCCCCCUCUCUCUGCUGUGUAUUAGUUUAACUCUGACAGCAGUCCACUCAGGACGUCAGGAAUUUUCCACGGUCUUAUAACAAAACAAACCUGUUCUAUUUCCAGUUCAUACCCACACAGGGCUCUUAGACAACUGACAGUUGGUUCAGAACUAUCAAUCUAUAUGUAUUUUAUAUUUUUAAUAUCAUACAGUUAAACAGCAGCAUUUCAUUAAUUGUUCAUAGUUCUAUCAUGAAAACUUUUUUGAUUCAACCUUUAGGUACAACUAUUUAUUGACAAGAUGACGAAUAGUCCACCAAAAUCUAAUUGAUACAGGGUACAGUACUCCAUCUAGUGGCUACUGAAAGCAUAGCCAUGACGAGGGCUAAACUGUUGAUAGAAUUAGUUAAAAACAAAAAUAAUUGGUCGGCCAAAGCACAUUGAGGUCUGGAUCCAAUCAACAUUCCACUUUGAUACGUUUUAAAGUUUUGUACCAGUGUAUUCUGACAUAAUUGUUUUUAUUUUUGCUUAAAUUGACUGAAACCUCUUAGUCUGUUCUUGUUCUUUGAGACAUCUCACCUUUACUGUAACGUGCAUUUUGUGCUUCAUUUUUGUAUAUGUCUAUUAGCCACGUAUGAUUUGUAUCGAAUACACUUCCUACAAUAUUAAACUAAAUUGCCUGAUA